GUUUGUUUGUUUGUUUAAUCUGCAUUUAGACUGAAAACCGGAAGAGCAGACUCGAGCCCCGGUGUGGGUGUGGAGCUCUUUGGCGAGUAUCACUUCCUUCACCAGGGGAUUCGCUGGCAGGGCAACCUGCUCCAGAUGAUGAAGUCUCACGAGGGAGAACUAGAGAGGGAGAUCUCAAAGCUGCAGGCGAUGGUGUUGGAGCUCAGGUCCGGUUUCUCUCGCGCUCUGCUGGAGUUAAAUCAGAUUCAACUCGGAGACACGGAGCUUCAGAACCAGCUGGAGGAGACGAGACACGGCUGUAACAAACGCACUCUACACCUGGAAACACUCGUUCUCACACUUAAGGAGGAACUGGAGGAGAUCCGUUGCCAGAUUCAGCAGCUGUGUGAUGAGCAGGUGAAGUCAGAACAGACGAACAGUCACGCAGGAGCUCAGAGUGCCAGUGCUCCAGGCUGUAGCGGCGUAAAGGACGUUAGCAGCAGCACUAAUGGAAUUAAAAAUGUUAAUGAGGUGAUGGUAACCCCGCCCCUUUGUACAGUAGGCGGAGCUCUUCUACUUCACUGCUACCUACAGGGUCUGUGGGCGGGGCAUAACUCAGGUGAAGUUUCCUCUCAGGUGAGUCUCAGAGGUGAAGGAGCGUCAAGCUGCAUGCAAGCAGGCAGGCGUCAGCGUGUCAGUAUCUCACUGUUAAAGUCUGAGUGGGAUUAUUUCUCCAAACUCAACCUGCUUCAGGAGAAAUACAGAACCCCGUCCUCAAGACACACCGAGACACAUAAGGUAUUUAUCAGACAUGUGGAUGAGAUGCUGCAGCGCCACCUGCUGUUCAGAAACAGUCUGCAGGAGAAGCUGAGUGGUGAUGAACAGAACCGUGCGCUGGGAGACGCUUUCCUCAAACUCACCACACAGGACAAUUCAGCAUUCUGUGAUGCGUACCUCGGAUACACGGCUGUGCUGGCAACGAUCCUGACUACAGAGUUCUGCAGGGAUCCAACUGACAAACCACACAACACACAGGAGGAAGGAGAGAAGUUCAGACUCCUCUCACUGCUGCUGGCGCCAGUGACACGGCUACACACCUACCUGAACACUGUACAGGUGCUGCUGAGCUGCUCGAGCAGUGAACACUCAGACUGGCGCUCGCUACACAACAGCAACCAGGUGCUACGCAACCUUUACACACGAUGUCACAUGUCCCUCGAGAGGGCGGGGAGAUGGACUGAUGGGGCAGGGCGACCAAAAGAGGGGGCGGAGUCAGUGAACGGCCUCAGUAGCAGGUGUUGUGCUGAGAGCCCCGAGUGCGCGCGCUCCGCCUUCACCAAAUACCGCGCCAACGAACAUCAAAGAGACCCGCAUCACCUCACAGUGCCACGCCCCCUACUGACCCCUGCUGGAAUACUGCGGAACUCGCGUGAGCGUUUGUGUGAGCCGCCGCCCCCUGCUGGCUGGACGGAGAGCUGCAUGUGGGAUUUCCGUGCUGUGGAGUGCCGCCCGGUUCCUGCACGUCGUCCUCAGAACCUGUUUCUCAACCCUGGCGCUCCAGGAGAACUUCCAGCUUCCAUCCCGACCCUGAAGUCCCCGUCGGGUUUGGCCGAGCGUCUGUGCGGCUCCCCGGGUCCUGAUGGUCGAGUGUGUCGCUCGGACGCUUACGCUCUACCUCAGCGCAUCGACGACGCAGACACGGACGCAGACGUCGGAGACGCUUCGGUGUUCGAUUACUCGUCUGUGACGACGUGCAGCCCGGACGACACGCUGGAACUGCGGGGAAGAGACGAGGACGAGGAGGACGACGAAGAGGAGGACAGUGAGAUUCCCGUCCUGUUAAAGCCGUCGUACACACACGCCGCUGGAGGUUUGCAGAGGGAAGGGAGUGUGUGCUCACGCUGGCAGAUCCCCCGCGCCGCACCCCUGCCUCCUGAAGUGUGUGUAGCGGGAUCGGGGACGGGACGACGCACGACUAAACACCGCCGCAAAAUCCCCACUGGAGCCUUCCGACCGAUUUGGGACGCUCCCUUUAAACAGGGAGAAGGAGCUCCUGCUAAAGAGAACACGGUGUCCUUCAGCUCGACCAAUCAGAUCAUAAAUCCACAGAGACCCUCAGACUCAUCCCGCUCUGUGUACAGGAGUGUGUGUGGUGGUGAAAGGGACGGACUCUGGAACGACAGUGAUGACAGCGAGGGUCCCUGCAGCAACGUCUAACACACACACACACACACACACACACACACACACACACACACACACACAAUCCUCAUGUGUGAACAGACUCUCACCUAAAACUGACCAAUCAGAAUCCAGGAAUAAUGUGCAUCAUCAGGACAUUUAUUGACUCCUCCCCUUGAUUGAAUGACCUCGACUGCCAUCAAGUGGACUUCACUGUUUACCCAGAAUGCACUGCUGCAGUCUCACUCUCCUUUUCAGCAUGGUGGGCCAGCGAGUGAGUGAUGGAGUGAGCCUGUGUCGGCUCAGAGCUGUUCUCUUUAUGUAGUUUGGGACGUAACCCAGACUCUCUCUGUGUGUGUGCGCGUGUGUGUGUGUGCACGGCCUCGUACUAAUACACACCAAUGAUGAGUUAGUGCACUACAGCACGCUGUCCGAUCACGUCACACGGCAUCAGGACGACACAGAUCUGAUCACACAUCUGAUCAAACUUUCUAUCUUUCUUUUCUCUUUCCUCUCUGUGCUCUUCUUCCCUUGAUCUUUUCUCUCCUUUAAUCCUUCAUUCUGUUGUUUUAAGUGCUUCUGUACAUCCCUUCUUUCUGUGCACCCCUCCAUCCUUUACUUCUUUUUCUAUCCCUCCAUCCUUUUGUUUUUCUUUUUGUGCCGUACUUCCUUCUUUCCUCUUCUUUAAUCUGCACACUGCUUCAUUUUUUUAUCCCAUGUUUUACUUUCAUUUUCUGUUUAACCCCACAAUGCUUUCUUUCUGUCUUUUAUUUCUCCUCUGCAUCUUUCACGUGACCCUCUGACCCUGGAGACACCACGUGAGCUGAAACGUGAGAAAAUAAAACACGUGAGGAGAUUCCAUCACAUUCUGUACAAAA